AUGCCAGUGACUAAGGCAGGAGCUCUCAGAUCUCACAAGGGUUUUGUGCACCUGGCAUUGCAAUCACGACGCCCAAUUGUUCCAAUCGUCUUGACAGGCACCCAUCUAGCAUGGAGAAAGGGCAGCUUUCAUCUUCGGGCAGCGCCGCUAACUGUAAAAUAUCUUCCUCCAAUAAGAACUGAUGAUUGGACUGCAGAUAAGAUUGAGGACUACGUGAAAAUGGUACAUGAUGUUUAUGUCAAAAACCUCCCAAAAUCGCAAAGGCCUGCUGUAAUAGAAGGAGCUGGUUUUAGUUCAUAG